CGAGACGUUGGCAUGCCUUCUCCCGACUGUGUUUAGAAAAAGUGAAGAGUUGCGCAUGCGUCUCUUCUCAGUGCGCCUGUCGCAGGAUAAACUUGAAGUUUUGUGUCUCUACCUCGCUUUCGUCGUUGAGUAAAGAAGUCUGAUGUCAUUCACCACGACGCUUGAUAAGUCCUUGCAAUUUUUUCUCCUUCUCCGCAGCGCGGCUGUCAGAUAAAUUGGAACCUGUCGCAGAUGAGGAAAUGGCAUCUGUUAAAGAAGAGUCCAUUGAAACAGUGCCAGACGCAUCAGAGAUGAAGUACACUACAGCUGAACAUAAAGCCAGUGUCAACUGCUCAUACCAUAUUGAGAAGAAUGAUAAUAAAAUUGUAUUGACCAUGACUCAUUCUGAGAUGAAGGAUAAUGAACACAGCUCGGUCCUCAUUAAAGAAGAGAACUGUGAAUGGGAGCAUGUAAACAUUAAAGAGGAACAUUGUGACCGUGGGUAUGAAUGUAUUAAACAGGAAAUCUGUGAAUAUGACUGUGUUCUUAACCCUGCAUAUGGUCUUUUUAAAAAUGAACACAGUGACACAAGUGUCACACUUAAGAAACAAGAGGAUUUUCAGCCCACGUAUGAACCCAUCAAAACAAUAAAGCAUGAAUCUAUGAGUACAUUAAGUGAAGGGGUUUUUACAGAUCAAAAAGUGACAGUUGAUUUGGAAUCUGCAUGUAAUAGACAAUGGCUUCCAAAGUCACAGAAGACACAGAAUGAGGAAGAACAUACCGCUGUAAAGCAGGAGGAAGAGUUGGCAGCACAUUCUGCAAUGAAUGAGACAUGGAAAGAUGAAAUUAAAAAUAUCUCCUCUUGCACUGUGAAUGUGUCUAAACCAGCAGAUGAACAUUUUCAAGAUGACAUAAGAAUUGCACAAAAUAGCAAGAAUGCGGCAGGAGAAAGCGCCUUUGAGCCAGCAUCUGUGAGGAGUCAACACAAGAUUAUCAUUAAGGAGAGACUACAUGCUGAUCAUGAUAAUGCUUUAAGAAGACCUAAUAUUCAGAAUCACAUGGAAGAGAAACCAUUUUGCUGCAUUGAAUGUGGAAAGAGGUUCUCGAAGAGCAGUAAUCUUCAGCGGCAUCAGAUAAUUCAUACAGGAGAAAAGCCAUUUUGCUGUUUGACAUGUGGAAAAAUGUUUGUCCAUAAGCAUCACCUCAAGUCACACCAGCAAAUUCAUACUGACGAGAAGCCGUAUUGCUGUACUGAAUGCGGAAAGAGUUUCACAGAGCACUAUAGACUUAAACGCCACCAACGAAUUCACAGUGGUGGUCUUCAUCCGGGAGACAAUUUGCGUUACCGCACAGAGCGCAGAAAGAUGUUCUCAGAAGGUGGUUCCCUGCAAAGACAUCGGGGGAUCAGAGAGAAACCGUUUAGCUGUUCUCAGUGUGGAAAGGAGUUCAAAACAAUAUCUGGGCUUAAGCGACACCAGAGAAGUCAUACAGGUGAGAAGCCCCAUGGCUGUUCUAAAUGUGAUUUGAGGUUCACAAUGAAAUCUAGUCUGCAAUUACACCAGAGAAUUCACACAGGGAAGCCAUAUAGCUGUAAUGAAUGUGGAAAAAAGUUCAUGCUGAAACAUAAUUGGAAGUCCCACCAGAAAAUUCACUCUACAGAGAACUUGUAUGGCUCUGCUAAAUGUGAGGUGAGACGUAGUCUUCAUUUGGACCUGGGGGCUCAAAUGGACAAAAAGCCGUACGGCUCUGGGAUAUGUGGGAAGGGCUUCAAAAAGAAGAUUUCUCCUAUGCAUCCACAGGUAACUCGCACAGGAGAGAAGCCGUUUGGCUGUACUCAAUGCGGUAAAAGUUUCACAAACAAAUAUAAUCUUCAAUUCCAUCACAAAAAUCAUACUGGUGAGAAACCUUACUGCUGUGAUAAAUGUGGAAAGCGGUUUAAAGGUAAGUCAUGCCUUAAAAGGCAUCAAGUUAGUCAUACAGCAGAAAAGCCAUUUUGUUGUUCUGAAUGUGGAAAAAGUUUCAAAGAUAAAUGUAGCCUUAAGAGACACCAAGUAAUUCACACUGCGGAAAAACCGUACUAUAUUUGUUCUGAAUGUGGGAAGAAGUUCUCAGUUAAAUAUAACUUGCACCUGCACCAGAAGAUACAUACAUUAGAUGGUCUACAUAGUUGUAAUGAAUGUGGUAAACACUUUGUAAACAAACACAAGCUCCUGUCCCACCAAAAAAUUCACACUGGGGAGAAACCUUAUCACUGUGGCGAAUGUGGGAAAUGUUUCAUUCAGAAAGUAAGUCUUAAAAUUCACCAGCUCAUUCACACAGGAGAGAAGCCAUAUGUUUGCACUGAAUGUGGCAAGGGGUUCACAUUCAGCAGCAGUCUUCAUCGUCACAAGAGGGUUCAUAGUGGAGAGAGAGUCGGCCAACAGAAGUAGACAGAUGUAAUAGUAGCAGGGAACGAUGACAAUAACUGUAGCUGCUAAAAUUGUCUAAGCCAUUCUGAGCCCCAGUGUUCCGGAUGUAGAAUGCUGUAAAGAAGUAAGUACACCCCAUCUAAAGGUACAUGUUACACAUUUGGGUGUAUUGAUAUUUAAUCUUUACUGCAGCAAUGCUGAUAGAUAAAAGUGAGCUAAUUUAACAAAGAAUAAUAUAAAUUAUACACAGUAAUAAUUUAUUCAACAAAAGGCAGAAAUGGAAAUCAAGUACACCCCUGGCAAAUGAAACUGACAGCUACAACAAAGGAUGCAUAUGAUAGACAACCUGCAAAUUUGUAGUGAAUGUGAAAAACACUUUAUAAACAGACUCUAGCUUCAGUUCCACCAGAAAAUUCUUACUCGGGAGAAGCCUUAUCAACACAAGUCAAUAGUGUAGCAUUCUACCCUUCAUCUCACUCUAGCUGGAAGAAUUAAUGUUGUUAAGAUGAAUAUCCUUCCUAAGCUUCUUUUUUAUUU